UGCACUCGGGCCCCGUGUAUCCUGACGCUGUUGUCACCCUCCAUGCCACGCAUGUUUGAAGCAGUGCACACCACAUAAACGCAGAGUCAAAACGAGGAUCUGCUUCUGCUUUCGUGGCCCGACGGUCCUCCUUUCUUCUCUGCCUUCGUUGUUUCUUUCCCAAUUCCUCGUCUUUCGUUCCUUUCGUUUUCCGACGCGACCGUCUUCCCCCCAGCUGAACGCAAGACCAGCGCCACUCCCAGCACGCUCUGCCCCCCUCCCCCCUCCUCUACGCAGACUCUGCAGCUGCCCCCCGCUUUUGUGUCGAUUCUCCCGACGUCAAGCAGAUUUUUUCUCAUUCGGUGGAUGUUUUCUUCCUUUUCUCCAUAUUGCUUUGUUUCGUUCUCAGCGGUUUCCCCCAAACUCUUCCUUCGCUUUGUGGGUGUGGACCCCCAGGUUUAACGGAGGUCUGCCAGCUGCGUUCCACUCUGGGAAGCUCGGGUGUCUGUACACGCGAAGAACUGGAUUUCUGCUCCUGGGGAAAGAGUCGGAUGCAAGUGAAGAAACCACUUGUUUCCUUCCGCAAUUGUUGCAUGCUUUGAGUCCCCACAGACCGCGUUUUUCUUUUCGUUGCGCUUCAACGCCUUCGCAACGCGGAUAGUGUGACAGCGUGCCCCCUUCUGUGUCACACACUCGGUCCAGCAGACACCAGGGUCGAUCUGCGGCCGAUCCAGGUUCCGUUUUUUCCUCUUCGUCGUUUCCUCCGCAUUUCCUCUCUGCGGUCUUUCGUCUCCAAGCUGCGGCCUCUUGGCCCUUUGCCUGCCUUCUCUGUACAAAUUAAAGACCCGCUUUUCGUCCUUUUCUCCUCCUGCCCAGCCGUGUCCGUGUCGCGUCGCCGCCGUCUGUCGAGACCCUCCCUCCCUCCUUGUUACCAUGGAAGAAACACCGGUCUACUUCAACACCUCGCGCCUUGAGGAGGGCGGGUUCUCUUCCUCCUCGCCUUCGGCGCUGAUGCUGCCUUCUUCACUGCCCUCUGUGCAGCAGAUGAAAUUCAAUUUCCGUCAGUAUCUGAACCACGGCGGCGCGGAGCUGAAGCGGCGCCUCCUCGCCCACGCAGAAAAAAACGAAAGAUGCCUCCUCCACGUGGACUUGAACGACUUGAAGGUGUACCAGCAUCACGUCUCUGAGGCUGACCUCAAGUGUGUAGAUACACCGUACUGCAAGAAGAAACAUCACGCAGCUCCUCCAGAUUUCGCUCGGCAACUCGUCACUGGUCUGCGACAGCGACCCCUGGUGUAUCUGCCCACCUGCGAACGCGUGUGUGAAGAAGUCAUCGAAAAAAGUGCGAUUUUGCCUCCACGGCAGCUCGCCGCUUCUCUCGCUCUCGGCGGAACCGCUGGCCGCCACGGCAGACGUGGCCCGGUUCAGGUCCAAAUCAACCUAAUGGACACGAGUGCCACACACACGCCGAUCAGACAUCUUCUCUCGAGACAGCAGGAGCAGUUCGUCGUCACCACGGGCAUCAUCAUUUCCUCGCGGCCCCCGGCUUCCCGACUUCAGACGGUCACAAUCCAGUGUCGCUACUGCAACCACAAAAUGAUCAUUUCUCUGCCAGAGUGGCGCGAACAGCUGCAGCUUCCUCGUUUUUGUCUCUACUCUCAACAACGCGCUGCUGUCGCGUCCACUGCCGGUCCGGCCUCUGUGCUCGGAGGAGACGCAGGCGACCUUGCAGACCUGGGAUGCAGAAACAAGCCUGAUCCAUACUUCAUGGUCACCAACGAGUGCAGCUUCGUCGACGUCCAGUCUCUCAAACUCCAGGAACUCCCCGAGGAUGUGCCCACGGGGGACAUGCCUCGCCACCUCCUACUCAACUGCACAAGACUGCUCACCGACCAAGCCUUCCCGGGAGACCGCCUGAUCAUCCAUGGCGUUUUGACGACCAACGUUGCCACCCCUGCAGUUCGACACACUGGCAGCAAAGAGACAGACCAGCCCCACAGCAGCUACUUGCACGUUUUGGGUCUGCAGAAAGUUUCGUUUAUGUCACUCGCGCGCACACGACUAUCCUUCACACAGACAGAGCAGCGUGACGUCUUUUACAAGCUCGCUCAGAGUCAGAACAUUCUUGACAAAAUCGCAAAGUCUCUCGCCCCGGCCCUGUACGGCAUGGAGGAAGUGAAGAGAGCGUGUGCUUGUCUCCUCUUCGGUGGCACUCAGAAAGUCGUCGCUGAUGGAUCCCGACUUCGAGGAGACAUCAACGUGUUGCUUCUGGGAGACCCUGGUGUGGCGAAAAGUCAAAUUUUGAAGUUCGUUGACAAGAUUGCUCCGAUCUCAGUCUACACAUCGGGGAAAGGUAGCUCCGCCGCAGGUCUGACAGCCGCUGUUCUCCGCGAUCGCACGGGUGUCUUCACCCUCGAGGGAGGCUGCAUGUGCCUGGCCGACGGUGGAGUUGUUUGCGUCGAUGAGUUUGACAAAAUGGACGAACGCGACGUGGUGGCGAUGCACGAGGCCAUGGAGCAGCAGACCAUUUCAAUCAGCAAAGCUGGGAUCAACACCGUCUUGAACUCGCGGUGCGCCGUCUUGGCCGCUGCGAACCCCUCCUUCGGCAGCUUCGACGACACUCAGGAUUCAUCCGAGCAGCACGAGUUCAAGGCAACGAUUCUUUCAAGGUUCGAUCUUAUUUUCCUUCUCCGAGACAAAGAAAACUACGAGACCGACUCGGCGCUCUGCACUCACAUCCUCAAUUUGCAUGCACAAAAGAACGUGCAGCGCGGCAACGACGACGAAGAAAUCAUUCCUUUUGAAUUGCUGAAGAAUUACAUCCAAUUCGCAAAGAGCCUCCCUCCGCCGCUUCUCGGAGCCGACGCGCGCGAUGCGCUGAAGAACUUCUACGUCCAAACGAGGCAGGAUGUCCGUGACGACAAGCGAUCCAAAACACGAAAAAUUCCCAUCACUCUGCGUCAACUCGAGUCUCUGGUCCGUAUCUCCGAAAGUUUCGCGAAAAUGGAACUGAGUCCUGUGGCCUCCUCCAAGCACGUCCAGAUGGCAAUUGAACUUUUCUCAGUCUCGACAGCGGAGACGGCGCGGCACUCUCUUGUCUUCGAGGGGUUGUCUCCCGCAGAACAGAAACUUAUCAAACAAGCAGAAGAGGCGGUGUUGGGGAGACUCCAAAAGGGUCAACGUGCGCAGCGAAAGAAUCUGCUUCGAGACCUGCAAAUGCAAGGGUUUGACAAGAACGUCUUGAACCGAGCCGUCGCGAUCUUGGUCAGACGCGGGGACUUGCAGGAAAGAGGCGAUCGUUCGCUGCGCAGACCGUGAGAGGGGUUCGUACAAGAAAUUCAGCUGAGGAGAAAGCUGUUUUUCGUGCUCACUUUGGGAGUGUAGCCUGGGGAAGACGGCGUUUGCCAGUAGGUUUCGGUCUCUUUGUCACUUUUUCUUGUCUUCACGUCCUUGUCUCAAAGCUCACUCUAAAGGUGAAACGGUCUCGGAAUGGUCAACCACGUGCAGCAGUUGUUUGUCCAGACGUGUAAAAAGAUACUCAGGUGGGAGGAGCAAACUGCUUUCCGUGUUUUUACCGGAUCUCUCUGCUCCAGAAUUUUUUUAAUGGACACGGAGUUGGGAAAAAGAAAUCCGAGAUGCAUUUCGGAGAAUCGACGUUUUCCACGGUCCAGCACGUGGGGGAGGGAUUUGCAUUUUUCGAAUAGAAAACAAGCAAACACACACAACCACGGCGGAGCUUUGAACAGAGAUACCAUGAAAAAAUUCACGGGUUGCUCCACUCACAAACACGCAGCACUCUUUUCAUCCAGUCAUUCUAACGCCAUCCUAGGUCGCUUUUUUCUCGUUCUUUCGAAUUGAACCACGGAACACGUGGAAACGCACUGACGGCGUAUUUGCGAUCGACUGAUAACGAGUGCUGACAGCCGAGGCUCACUGGCGAACGGGCACAAUCGACA